AUGCUGUUCUUAGCUCGACGGGCCGUAGCCCGCGGGGCUGCUGUGUCGACCUGCGGUUUCUCGGGACUCCGAUCAAGGUCGACAAGGAGUCUGCUGUCCACUCUUGCUCUGUUGGAGCAGAGAGAGGGCCAAUUGAACCACGGUUCUCUGAGCGCUAUUACUGCGGCGAAGAAGCUGGGUGGUCCUGUUCACGGCUUCGUGGCGGGAAGCAACAUUAAGGCUGUCGCCGAGGAGGCAGCCAAGGUCGAUGGUGUCGAAAAGAUUAUUGCCGUUGACAACGCCGCGUACGAAAAGGGCCUCCCUGAGAACUACGCGCCGCUUUUGGUCGAAAACAUCAAGAAGGGCGGCUACACCCACGUUAUCGCCGGACAUACUGCCUUUGGCAAGAACUUAUUACCCCGUGUUGCCGCACUCCUGGACUCCCAGCAAAUUUCCGACAUCACUUCCAUUGAGAGCGAAAACACCUUUGUCCGCCCCAUCUAUGCCGGCAAUGCUAUCGCCACUGUCGAGUCUGCCGAUCCCAUCAAGAUCAUCACCAUCCGAGGCACCGCCUUUCCCGCGGCGGAGGUCGCCAGCGGCUCGGCUGCCGUCGAGGAGGGUGUCGAUCCAAAGUCCGAGUCUACCACCGAGUGGGUCUCGGAGGACUUGGCCACCUCCGACCGUCCAGACCUUGCGACCGCCAGCAGAGUUGUCUCUGGUGGCAGAGGCCUCAAGUCAAAGGAGGAGUUUGACAAGAUUAUGCUGCCCCUAGCAGACUCGCUAGGUGCUGCGGUUGGUGCAUCCAGAGCAGCAGUGGACAGUGGAUAUGCAGACAACAGUCUACAGGUCGGCCAGACUGGCAAGGUCGUCGCACCUCAGCUGUACUUGGCCGUCGGCAUUUCGGGUGCCAUCCAGCAUUUGGCGGGUAUGAAGGAUAGCAAGGUGAUUGCUGCCAUCAAUAAGGAUGCCGACGCGCCUAUUUUUCAAGUAGCGGAUGUUGGUCUCGUUGGCGAUUUGUUCGAGAAGGUCCCUGAGCUGACCGACAAGAUCAAGCAGUGA